AUGAUUUUUCGUUCAAUAUUCGCAUUUACUUUAAUUGUAACUGUUUUUGUUCCUCGAUUAAAUGCGAUAAAUCCUUCAUAUCUUCAAGGAGAUUAUGAUAAAGAAUUGGCUGCUCCCAAUAUUGUUGGUUUUGAUUAUCAAAGUCUGCCUAUUGUUAUUAAACAAGAUGAUGAUGGCGAAGAAAUAACGGAUGAUAAUAUUUUAAAACGUAGUAUAUUUCGAAAUUUUCAUUUAAGUCCAUUAUGGUUAUCACGUCGAACACGUGCAUAUCGUUUUUAUGGAAAACCAUUAUGGAUUUCUCGAACUGGACGAUAG